UAAAAAUAAAAAACAAUAUAAAGCCCUAAAAAUUCGUUCAUAUUUGCUACUUCACUGGCUUCUUCUUCAGCACUGCUACUUCUUUUUCACUUCUCAUCGAUCUUUACAUUACAUGUAAUUAUCUAUUUUUUUCUUUUUCUUUUGAAAGUCUCACCGACAGCUAAUCUUGCUAUAGAGUUGCUCCAUUGAUCUCAUUGCAAAUGUUUGAUGCUUCUUGGAGCUUCUUCGGCAACGGUGAAGUCAUUUGAUGAAUUGCGAGUAAAUGAAUCAGCUCCAUAGAUUCAAUCAAUUACUCCAGAAAUUUCCCCGAUCCAUUCUCAUAUGCCCUAAAUUCCACCGACACUAGCAUAAAUCUGAGAGGAUAUAGCACACUUGGUAACAGAAGCUGCGCAUUCUUUUAUCCUUCUUGAGCCCUAAUUCCCCUUCUCCCUCGUCUGCAUCUUCAAUUCCAGAGUUUGGGGACACAGCAGCAGAUUCAAUAAAAGUACAUUGAGAUCAGAUGACUGGCGAUGUGGAAAAUUCUAAAGAUGGGGAUGCUUCAUCUGAUGCUCAAUCAAGUUCGGGUUGGUAUAGCACCUUUCUCCAGCAAGCCUCGGUCUAUGGAAUUGCAGGGGGUUAUUGUCUCUCUGCUUCGUUACUAUCAAUCAUCAAUAAAUGGGCAGUGAUGAAGUUUCCAUACCCGGGAGCUCUAACUGCAUUGCAGUACUUGACAAGUGCUGUUGGAGUUGUAAUCUUUGGGUGGCUUAAGUUGCUGGAGCACGAUAAGCUUGAUCUUGUUACCAUGUGGCGGUUUCUGCCUGCUGCAUUCAUAUUCUAUCUAUCCCUGUUCACGAACAGCGAGCUCCUGCUUCAUGCCAAUGUUGAUACGUUCAUUGUUUUCCGUUCGGUGGUCCCCAUAUUCGUUGCAAUUGGCGAGACCCUCUUCUUGCACCAGCCAUGGCCAGCGCUGAAGACAUGGUUUUCGCUCACCACUAUAUUUGCUGGGAGUGUGCUCUAUGUCACAACCGAUUAUCAGUUCUCUGUCAAGGCUUAUAGCUGGGCUCUAGCUUACUUGGUGAGCAUGUCAAUAGAUUUUGUCUACAUCAAGCAUGUAGUCAUGACGAUUGGCCUCAACACAUGGGGGCUGGUGUUGUACAAUAAUCUUGAGGCUUUGAUGUUGUUUCCUAUCGAGCUGCUUAUCAUGGGAGAACUGAAGAAGAUCGAGCAUGAGAUCACUGAUGAGUCGGAUUGGUACUCGUUCGGGGUGGUUCUGCCUGUAGGGCUGUCGUGCCUAUUCGGCUUGGCCAUCUCCUUCUUUGGCUUCUCUUGCCGCAGAGCGAUCUCAGCCACGGGAUUCACUGUUCUUGGCAUCGUCAACAAGCUGCUGACAGUGGUGAUAAAUCUCAUCAUCUGGGAUAAACACUCGACCCUUGUGGGAACUAUUGGGCUCUUGAUUUGUAUGGGCGGCGGCAUAAUGUACCAACAGUCGACUAGCAAUAAACCUAAACCUGCAGCAAAAGAAGUAGAGGCUCAGCAGAUUGAUGAGGAGCAGCAGAAGCUACUUGAAAUGCAAAGUAUUGUAGAUAAUGGUGAGGAUGAAAGACAACUAGGAGAUGGAAAAUCAUAGCUGAUACUCAUGAAAAGCUUUAAUGCCCGAGUUUCAUUAGCAGCAUUGUCUUCCUAUUCUUUGAUGAAUUUUCCUUUUCGUUGUUGGUCUAAGAAAAUUUUCCAGUUCUUUGAUGGUCGGAGUUUGGGGAUACUGCUUGCUUAUUGGAGAAUAUAAGUGUUAAAACAAGAGCUCUGCCUUACAGCCAAAAACAAACCACCUGCUGCUCCAAGGAACCUUUUUUUUUUUUUUUUUUGUAUUUUCCUGCACUCUUGCUGUAUUCUGAUUACAAAUUGUUCCUGUGGAAUUGUAGCUCUCUCUCUCUCUCUCUCAGGUCAGGUUUUUGAAAACUUUUACCUAGAUGGAGCUUCUGUUAGGUUACAGCUUAAUGUAGAAAAGUGCUGUUACAGCAUUGAAAAGAAACUCUGGAAUUUAUCUUCAUUGGACUAGCGUUCACUCCUCCAAUUAGUAUUUAUACUUAUUUGAUUUAAUAA